GAGGGCGCCCGCAUCGGUUGCACGUCGCGUCGCGUUCUCGUAUCUAAAUACGCGUGCGACGCUACUGCCGAUCACGACCGUCCACUCAAACGUACCGUCCAGUACGAUGACUGUUCAGAACGGUGGACACGCACUUCUAGCUUUCUACGCUCCAACGGUACAAUGGCGACCGCGAUCUGAGCCGUUGCACUGACUUGUUUACAUCGUUACUAUUUACUAGACAUCUGAAUUUUUUCCCGGCAGUCAACAACAACUAAAUCGCCCGAAUGCGUACUGACUGAAACGUUGCGAAACGUUAGAAGUGAAGUUUAAAAAUAAAUUUGCCUGUGCGAGGAGUGACGCUCGAUCGAAAUGUGUUCGUGCAGCAAGUUCUACGACUUUUGGAAAAACUCAUGCGGUGCAGGCAUGUCUUUAGACGAGGGUAGACAGUCGCAGCGGCCAUACCGUUAUGGCAUGGUUCUGCUAUGCGCAGGCGCUCUUAUAAACUGGCUAGGGCUUGCCGAGGACUACGCGGAACCAGUUCGCUACGUGGGUGUGGCUUGCAUCGUCGCCGGCGCGCUGCUCAUCUGUGCAGCUAUGUGCUGCUGGCUGCAAUCGCCUGCCAGACAGCCACAGAAUGACCGCGCAUCGCCAGACACCCACCAAAUUGACGAUCCUAUCCACGUUAUCUCAAUGCCAGACGAGGAGACGAUGCAGCAAAAACCUCCAGACUAUGACACCGUGGCUGGAGCACCACCAACGUACGACGAUGCUAUCAAGUUGAACCCGGCGCGACUGCUGCCUGCGACCAGCAGCGCCCGAAGCUUUGCCGAGACCCCGCAAACUCCCAAUUCCGACGUUACGAUCAUUCCGGGUCAACUGGACGAAGCGCACGGACCAGCCACGCCUCCCUCGGCCGUGGUGCCCGUCCACAUGCCGCACGUGCAGACGCAGGUCCCCAAGACCCCUCCGCCGCCAUACAGGCCCCCGCAGGCGAUCAGAUGAAAGGUUGUCAGGAAAGCUGUGUUACUUUAAAUCGACUGCUGUUUCAUGUGAUGUGACCUGUAAAUAUGUUAAACAUGCAUUGUGAGCGGUUGAUCACUUUCGUGGAACUCCACGGACAUCUUAUUGAAAUGUUACGGUAUUAUUUAAUUAUAUCAUACAUAUCCACACAUGGAACGAUUUUUUUGAAUUUAGUAGGAUGUCGAGCGUAGGAACGAUGCGUAGGUACUUAUGUGAUAUUAAAACGUAAAUAAUAAUUAGUUACUUAAUUAACCUACCUGCUGUAUAUAUUUAUUAUAAAAAUAUUAGUUUGUUGAAAUGUAAGAAAAAAUGUACCUAAAUAACAAAAAUCUCUUCCAAAUGGCAUGAACUCGUACUACUCAGUAUGAAAUGGAACCAUCAAACCGAAAAAUAAAAACGUUUGUAGGAAAUUAAAGCAGUGCUAGAGCUGUGCCAUUAAUAAUGUUAUUAAUUUAGUUACUUCCUAUGUAUAAUCUUUAAAAUAUUUGGUACAGUAUUAUGUGAUAUUGACCAGGGCAUGACCUAUUGCCACUAUUAUAAGAAUUGCACUUCUCUUGCUCAAUCGAUUGAAGUCGUAUCAUUACAUUAGACUGCUUGAUGUAACAAAACAAGGAAAGAUUGACGAACUAUAAAUAUACUAACGAGAUACGCUAAGGCAACUGAGCAUUUAACAACAAUAAAACUAAUUUAUAAUAAGGUUGAUUCCUUUAGCGUUUUUGCAAAUUUUCAUAGAAAAAAAUAUAUAUACAUAUGUAUUGGCACGAUAAUCAGCAUGUUAUAUAUCGUUGAUACUGUGUAGCUAGUGACUUGUGAUAAUUCAUUAUUAGUUUAUAAUAUUGAUGGCGGGAAAAGCGAACGCAUUGAUUGCGUUUUUUGUACUUUAGAUGUUAUUGCAUUUGUCAAACUAUCAUUCACACAAUUCCUGUUGUCAAUAAUCUUACGAUUAGAUUAAUGUUGAAAUACAAAUCGGUUUGUUUCUAUUCUAGUCUUAAAUUAACGACUACAAUAAAUAAACUCUUUGUUAAUCACCAGGCAAAAUAAUUUGUAUUUGUACAAGUUCUUAUUGCACAACUUGAAGGUGAUUUGUCAAUAUUAAUUUUAAAGUAUUUAGUUAUUAUUUUGUUAUUUUAAAUAAUUCUUUUUUGAGAUUAAAAUUGUAUUCGUAAAACCGUUCAACUCAAGAUCAUUUGUCAUAUUCAUGUAAUUAUUGUGAUCUUUUUUAAGGCAGCUUCUCUUCUUCUUUCUUAUCUUUAAUACAUGAACCAUACCGACCAUAUAAAUUCUUGCCAUUUACUACAGAUGUAAACAAUUACUAUGCAACUGCAGUUGGUUUUGAGUGAACCGCGUUAGAAAACUAAACUUAGUCGCAUCAAUGCCAUGAUCUAAGCUAAAAAAUAACGUAGGAACUGUGAAAUUAAUUUGUUCAAUAAAACGUGGUUAGUCCUCAUUUGGCCUAAUGUUAAAACAUUAAUUAAAUAUAAACAUCGACUGUCAACUAAUCCUUUAAUAGAGCUUGCAAUAAAUUGGGACCAAUACUUAACAUUAUUGUAAUAUUAUAUAACACCCUAAUAAUAAUUACUUUUCUGUUUUAAGAUUUACAAUGCUGAAGUUGUGCAUUUAU